AUGGGCCCUGGGGAUGCGCUCAAGAAUCCAGAUAACAUUUGCUGUGUAAGACAGGAGUGGGAGGCUCUCCUGUAUCUCGACUACGCGACUGUCUUCAUUGAUCAGAAUACUGCAUUUGCAUACAUAAAUGGAAGUGUUAAGUUCGGGUAUAGUCUAUCACGGGGAAAGGUGUAUAUGCACAUUGAUGGGGUGGAGCAGUCUCCUUUGAUCCCGAAGCCAGUACCAAGUAUAACCACACUUCUGUACGAUUUUACGCAUGGAAAGAUGUAUAAUGUCGCGAAUGGAGAAUGCCAAAAAUCGUCGUUGGAGCAAAACAUGACAUUGCAGUGUAUACCGGGGUCGGCCAAGGAGAUAUCGGCUGGGGUGAUCGGUAAUGAGAAGUCGGCUCGGCUCGUACAUACGUACAGAUACACGGAUACGGGAGAGGUGCCGUGGAAAAUCACGGCGACAGUAUUUAAAAUAGAUAUCGCCCCUGUGGAGCCAAAGGAGUGUGAUCCAGUGACCGUGACCUACUUCGCCCCGACCGCCAACCCCGACAGUGGAUCUCUCUAUACCCUCAACGUCCUCGAUAUUGGAGAUAUUAAGUCACUGGAUAUGUUUGAUAUCCCAAAAGAAUGUACGCAUUUGUAA